GCCGCCGCCUCCCUCCUCCGCCGCCGCACCAUGAAGCGGCAGAACGUGCGGACGUUGGCGCUCAUCAUGUGCACCUUCACCUACCUGCUGGUGGGAGCCGCCGUCUUCGACGCGCUCGAAUCGGAGGAGGAAACGGCGGAGCGGCGGCGGCUGGAGGCGAAGAGCCAGGAGCUGAAGAGCAAAUACAACCUGAGCGCCGAGAGCUACCGCGAGCUCGAGUGGGUCGUCCUCAAGCUGAAGCCGCACAAGGCCGGCGUCCAGUGGAAAUUCGCCGGCUCUUUCUACUUCGCCAUCACCGUCAUCACGACCAUAGGGUACGGCCAUGCGGCCCCGAGCACGGACGGCGGGAAGGUUUUCUGCAUGGUGUACGCCUUGCUGGGCAUCCCACUCACCCUCGUCAUGUUCCAGAGCCUGGGCGAGCGGAUCAACACCUUUGUCAGGUACCUCCUGCAUCGCAUCAAGAAGUGCCUGGGCAUGAGGCGGGCGGAGGUCUCCAUGGCCAACAUGGUGACCAUCGGGUUCUUCUCCUGCAUCAGCACCCUGUGCAUCGGGGCGGCCGCGUUCUCCUACUACGAGCACUGGAGCUUCUUCCAUGCCUAUUAUUACUGCUUCAUCACGCUCACCACCAUCGGCUUCGGGGACUACGUGGCCCUGCAGAAGGACGAGGCCCUGCAGAACAAUCCACAGUACGUGGCCUUCAGCUUCGUCUACAUCCUGACGGGGCUGACGGUCAUCGGGGCCUUCCUCAACCUGGUGGUGCUGCGCUUCAUGACCAUGAACGCCGAGGACGAGAAGCGGGACGCUGAGCACCGGGCGCUGCUCACCCGCAACGGGCAGGCCAGCAGCGUGCACACCACGGACACGGCCUCGUCUGCACCCGCGGCGGUGGCAGACGGGGGUGGCGGGGGUGGGCUCCGCAAUGUCUACGCUGAGGUGCUCCACUUCCAGUCCAUGUGCUCGUGCCUGUGGUACAAGAGCCGAGAGAAGCUGCAGUACUCCAUCCCCAUGAUCAUCCCCAGGGACCUGUCCACCUCGGACACCUGUGUGGAGCAGAGCCACUCCUCGCCCGGCCGCUGCCCCGAGACCCCCUCCAACCGAUGCUUCUGCAACACCCGCCGGUCGGCCAUCAGCUCCGUCUCCACCGGCCUCCACAGUCUCUCGGCCUUCCAGGGCCUCAUGAAGCGCCGCAGCUCCGUGUAGACCUCGCUCCGUCACCCCCACGUGUGCCCCAAGCCUCGUGAAGCUCCAUGUAGACCUUCAUCAUCCCCAUUGUGUGCCCCAGUUUUCACAAAGUUCCAUACAGUCCUCUCCCCAUCACUCCUCAUGAUCCUCAGGCCUUGCAAAGCUCCAUGUAGAUCCAGUUCCACCGCUCCCACAUGUCCCAGACUUCAUGAAGCUCCAUGUAGACCUCGCUCCAUUACCCCCACGCACUUCAGGCCUCAUGAAGCUCCAUGUAUCAUAGAAUCAUAGAAUCAUUCAGGUUGGUAAAGACCUCUCAGAUCACCAAGUCCAAAUCCCACUCAUCCCCA